UCGGGAGGAUGGCGGGGUUUCGUUGAGGCGGGGCUUUGGACGCGUUGGCUCGCGUAGGUGGCCGUUGUGGUCUCCCGCGGCGGUCGCCGGUGUCUGGGCGGGAGCAAUGCCGGUCCAUUCCCGGGAGAAGAAAGAGAACAACCAUGAUGAGAUGGAGGUGGACUAUGGGGAAAACGAGGGCAGCAGCUCCGAGGAGGAGGAGUCCGAGAGCUCGUCCGUGUCCGAGGAGGGGGACAGCUCAGAAAUGGAUGAUGAAGAUUGUGAAAGGAGAAGAAUGGAGUGUUUAGAUGAGAUGUCCAAUCUUGAAAAACAGUUUACAGAUCUCAAAGAUCAACUUUACAAAGAGAGAUUAAGCCAAGUGGAUGCAAAACUGCAGGAGGUCAUAGCAGGAAAGGCACCGGAGUACUUAGAACCACUGGCGGCUCUGCAAGAAAACAUGCAAAUCCGAACAAAAGUGGCAGGUAUCUACAGAGAGCUCUGUUUAGAGUCUGUGAAAAACAAAUACGAAUGUGAAAUUCAAGCUUCCCGUCAACACUGUGAGAGUGAAAAGCUCUUGCUGUAUGAUACAGUUCAAAGUGAACUAGAAGAGAAAAUCAGACGACUUGAAGAAGACAGACAUAGCAUUGACAUUACCUCAGAAUUAUGGAACGAUGAACUUCAGUCUAGGAAGAAAAGAAAAGAUCCGUUUAGCCCAGACAAGAAAAAACCUGUUGUUGUAUCAGGACCCUAUAUAGUAUAUAUGCUUCAAGAUCUUGACAUACUUGAAGACUGGACAACAAUAAGAAAGGCAAUGGCUACCUUGGGACCACACAGAGUGAAAACAGAACCCCCUGUCAAGUUGGAAAAACACCUCUACAGUGCAAGAUCUGAAGAAGGAAGACUCUAUUAUAAUGGGGAGUGGUAUGGGCGUGGACAAACGAUAUGUAUUGAUAGGAAAGAUGAAUGCCCUACAAGUGCCAUAAUUACAACAAUUAACCAUGAUGAAGUGUGGUUUAAGAGGCCUGAUGGAAGCAAAUCCAAACUAUAUAUUUCUCAGCUACAGAAAGGAAAAUAUUCAAUCAAACAUAAUCACAACUGACCAUUAAACUAACCAGACAGUGUUACCCUGCUUGAUGUGCCAUGAAAUGACAGAUGUAUUUACUGUAUGUUCUCAUUUAUUUUUGUGGCAGUAUCUGUGUAUUUGUAGUAGUGUAAGUAAUCUUCAUACAGAUGUCUGGAAAUAAGUGACAUAUAAUCAUGCUGACCUCUCAUGUGGGUCCAGAGCCUGAGAUGGGAAACAGUAACCUUUGGAAAGUCUGAGAAUAUUGAUGACUGCUGUCUUUACAAGUAACAUUGCACACGUGGGAUUGCGGGUGGGGGGUGGGAAUGCACAGCUGUGUGUGUCUUUGAAGCGUCUCCCGUAGCUGCUCACACAGUUGAAUGGGAGAGCUAAUUUUAAGCUUUCUUGUUGAGCUGAAUGGGAAGUUGCAGUAGAAAGUCUUCUCCCAGAUGUGUGUUUAGUUCUCCACUGCGUACACACACCGGUUUCUAGGAUUGCUGGCUAUAAGUAUUUGUAGAACAUGAAAAAAGUGGUGUUAUAUCAUUUUUUUAAAAUGGUGUGUUGAAUGUGAAGUUUAUUGCUACAUGUUAACAACCCGUUUUGUAUUUUACAGAACUCGUCAUGCUUGUCUUAUAAAGAUGUGUUAGAUCGCACAAAUGUUACUUUAAUGUAGUCUAAUGGGAUGGUAUUCUUAGGUGCGCAGCUGAAAAAAGGGAGACCUGAAACAAUUGUGGCACUGUUACCUAAGUAAACCAUUACUAAUUUUGGUUAAUAACAAAAAGACCAUCAUUUAAUGUGUAGGGGUGGAUCUUCCCUAGGCUGGCACCUGGAAAGACAUUGUGUCUACUUCUUCCUUUCCUUCUAGCUUCAAGCUAGGAGUUUGUAAGAAACAAUUGUUGGAAAGUAGAUUAUGUUGUUUUUGCUAGUAUUAAGCCCCCUCCAUCGCCAUCCCCAGUUGUGCCUCUUCAGUACCUGGCAAAACAUUAACCAAAAGUGUUGCUAAACAUUUUGUCCACCCUGUAACCAAAAGAAAUUUAAUUCUUUGAAAUUAUGUAUAGGGAAAAAUCAUGCUAUUCACUACCUAUACAAAAUCUUUUGUGUCAGCUACUCCAACAGAGUUGCAGUUCAAAAGCUAGGAUCUCUGGUUUUUCUGUAGAUGUUUCAGUCAUGUAGAAAGGAUUCGGGGAGGGCAGAGGGGAACGUUACUUCGAGGUUUAUGUGCACUUUAUUAUCCAUUAAGAUGCAUCUUUGAAGAAAGCCUGCACCUGAUGGAACAGACUGCCAAAAGAGUGUUUACGUUCUAGAUUGGAUCACUAAAUCUGGAAUCCUAGGAGUCCUAGCAUGCAUCCUCAUCAGAAAGUUUGGAUUGAAAUCCAAGUGCGUUAAAAAUAAUUGGAUUCUCAAGGCAGACACUAGUAAUCCUAACCCCAUACUCAGCUAUCUACUGCAGUGGGUAUAAAUGGGUCCAUUGUAAAGAAAAGUGGUAUUCACUUUGAAAAAGUGGAAUUUCACUUUGAAAGUAGUAUUCUUUGGAACAGUUUAAGUUGGUAUUUUGAGAUAUGCUAUUCUACCUGCAGGCGUACAGUUCAUUAGCUCAUCGCCAUGCUGAAUUGAAAAAGAUCUUGAAGGUGCGCAGCAUUAAGGGAUUCAAUCCUAACAAUUUUCUGUCUUUGCUAGCUGAGUAGCAGGAGCUUGCCUCUGCUCAGAGGAGGCUUUGUAAUACUUUGGGAUUUUUGAAUGAAGGAUUUUAAGUUGUUUUGCCUUCAGAAAUGUGCAGAUGGAAGUGCAGCUGAGCUGUGCCAUCCAUAUGUACUGUGCAUGGUCUACAUUGAAGUCCAGAGUUGGGUCCAAGAGUAGCGUUGUUGUCAUUAAGUGGCAGCCCACUGCUCUUUAUAAAGAACAACUUAUGUGCUUGUGUUACCCCACUUCAGAGAGGUAGUGAAUGACACAUCCCGGUGUGUCAAGGAACUGUGGUGUCUUUCUAACCAGUGUCACUGUUCCCAGUUAUUGCAGCUCAGGAUAAAAUCUGUAUCUUCUAACACAAUAUAUUACAUUUCUGUUUGUGUGACUGUAUUUGCUGGUUUGGGGGAAACUGUCCAUCUAGAGCAGCACUCUCUGUUGUUACUCUGCAUGUCACUCAUAAUAGCCAAACUGUACAUAAAGUAAUCAUGACAGGUGACAAAAUCAAUUGUAUGUACACAGUUUGAUAAAGCCUUUUUUGUAACGGAAUAUUUGUAUUUUUUAACCUAGCAUAUAAAUAAAUGACCUGUCAUGGAGAAUCCAAAUA